AACGUGUACGAAAAGCUAAAAUCGGUGGACUCAAGACGGGCGGAGGAAAGAUAGUACAAAACCCUACGAAAACCUAGCGCCGGGACGUGAAAAAGGGCAAAACAUCUACGGCCAAAUCCAACGGUCAUUGCGUUUCGAAUCGUCUUGUACGUUUUUCACACGCUCUGAACCGUCGAUCCGGAAAAGCAACUCGUUCAUCUCGAAAAAGAUACGCCGAAAAAGAGGGAACAAUCAAAAGCAUACGAAAAGGAAAAACCCUCAGACAAGCUCCCGCCAUUUUUUUCUGGCUAAAUUCAACUCUCGUUGCUUAUUUGCAGCGCCUUCAAAGUUAAAUCUGCGAGGGUGAAGAUUUUACAGAUUCAACAAUUACGUUCCAAAAAAUCACAGCAUUUUAAAGAUAAAGCUCUUAAUAAAUUUCUAAAAUGUCUGUGCUCUGGGAAGAUUAGCUUCAAGGGCUUUUCGACCCCCCUCCAUGCUAAAUUGUUUUAAAAGACGAGGUUAAGACCUAAAGAAGAAUUCCAUACUACGAGUACUUGGGAAGAAAUACAAAUAUUGACGUUAUAUGAGUCCGGCCUCGAUGGUACAUUAAUGGAUGUUGGAAAGCUGCGGGUCUUUUACACUAGUAUCAGACUAUGUAUCUUGAUAAGUUGAAUUCUAUAAUUCUGCUCACUGCAUUGAGCAUUUCGGUAUUCCUGAAAUUAGGCUUAUGGAAUACAAAGGUGAAAGUCAACCGUACGAAUAGAUGAGCUUAAAGCAGUUCGAAUACAUUUCUUAUGCAAAUCCAAGCCUUUAAAAACCUAGCCACAAGGAGUACAGUUCUUCGAUAUCGUGUGCAGUUGGACUCUGCAUUUGAUACUGCAAGAGUACGAAGAACAGCUAUUGCAAGAAGGAUGUCAAUGCAAUCUUAUUGUACUGGUGGCACUAAGCGAGGAGCUCUGAUUGUGUUGGAAGGACUUGAUCGAAGUGGAAAAAGUUCUCAAUGUGCUAAGUUGGUCUCAUCCUUGAGUGGUCAAGGGUUUCCUGUUGAAGCAUGGCAUUUCCCUGAUCGCACUACAGAUGUGGGCAAGAUGAUAUCUGCUUACUUGUCCAGCAAAGCAGACCUGGAUGAUAGAACAAUUCAUUUGCUAUUCAGUGCCAACCGUUGGGAGAAAAAGUCGUUAAUUGAGGCUAAGCUAAAGGAUGGUAUCUCUCUAAUUGUUGAUCGUUAUUCAUAUUCUGGAGUUGCAUUUUCAGCUGCAAAGGGACUUGACCUUAGCUGGUGUAAGGCUCCUGAAGUUGGGUUACCUGCUCCAGAUCUUGUCCUCUACUUAGACAUUCCUCCAGAGAAAGCAGCUGAACGAGGAGGAUAUGGAGGAGAGAGAUAUGAAAAGUUAAACUUUCAAAAGGAGGUUGCCAAGCUGUUCAAGGCCUUGCAGGAUUCAAAUUGGCAGGUUGUGGAUGCAUCAUUGCCAAUAGAGGAUGUACACAAUAUUUUGAAGGAACUUGUCCAAAAAUCUAUUACGGACUGCCAAAGAGGCAAGGAAUUUUCCUUUUUAUGGCCUGCCUAGUGUAAAUUGUGGGGAUUUUCCAUUUGGAUUACACACUCUCGUUCACUUACCAAGGGUAGGUGGAUCUCAACAGUGUGCAGAAGUCAUUCCCCGGUUAAUCACAGAUUAUCAUAAAAUAACUGCUAAUUUGUAUUAAGUGCGAGAAGAGCAUUACUGCAGUUGUUUGAAUUAUAAUUACCAUUACAAUUACAAUUACGUAUUUGAGUAAUUCUCAGUGACAGUCAUUCCAAUUUUACAAAUGGCAGAGUUGUUUUGGCUUUCUUUA